CUGGCGUAGUUCUUGCAGUUCUCGGAGCUUCUACAUUUACAGCACGAAAAUCCGCCGCUUUGAGCAUUUCCGUUUGCUAAUUCCGGUGAUAAGUCUGCUGACUACUGGAUACUUUCAAGCUACGGAGAUGUCGGACCCCGGCUACGUCGACGUUUUGGGCGACGACAGCCUAUUCCGCAGGGGGCGUGUAGUGGACGUAUCUGACAAGGGGCUUUUCAUUGACUUUUGUUCCAACCGACGACACGAAUUCACCCCGUUUAACCGAAUCUUCCAGGUUGAGAAGUCGAUGAACGACGAAGACCGUCUUGCCUAUGCGUGCGCUUAUGGCAAACCCGAUGGGACCAUUCCUAUUGACGCUCUAAUGCGUGCCACACCCUCCGGUCCGUGGACCUGGCUUCCCGCUGGAAUUAUCAAUGUGGCGCGCGGUAUCCGUCACGAGCGGUGCAGGGCAGCUUUAGUGCAAUGGGUGCAGGAGGAGCGGCGCACGGAUCUCGUGCCGGUGGAACGUCUGCGUUGGAGAGUGGCGAGCGACUGGUGGGCCACUGAAAACCGCGUCACUCCAGCUCAGCUUCCAUCUUCGGACAAUUGGCAUGAUUACUAUGGGAAUCAUGGAUUGGCCACUCGGCCUGAGCCAGUUGAACCAGGAUUGUUCGAAAAACGUACCAUGCCGUUGCCGGACGACUGUCGUCAUGUAAAUCUGGAUAAAUUGCUGCAACAGUUGAAUGGCAAAGCGUUGCGUCAGACGGCGCCUGAUAACUGUGCGGUUUCGUUCGUGGGCAUCAAAGAUGGGACUGUGUCUUAUAUUUGGCGAUGUCUGCCCAAAAUUCAGUACCAGGAUGAGUAUUAUCUUGACCUCGCUCUGUACGAGAGCCGUGAAUGUCAUGAGGCACUGACCUCGCGUAUACGCAACAUUACCUGGAUGUUGACCGAAGAAAGCGCAUUCGCGGAGGAGCUGGAGGAGAGCGACAACGUGCGCUUGCUGUCGUCAGCUGUGUUGCUGGAAGUGUUUUCCCAUUUGGAUACUCGGACGCAGAGCAGUUUGCGCGCCGUUUGUUUUGGAUGGAACGCUAUCUUGGAAUUGCCUGUGUUGACGGCCUGCAUCGUUGUAACACGCCCUGAAAAUUCCGAUGCUUCGACUCGUGACAAACUGCAUUACUCUCUGAUGGCACCUGUAUUCAACUGCCUCCGUCCUUCCACACAGGAUAUCGUCGUGGACGCUCGUAAAAGUUCGAUGGACACCGGGGAUUUUCUGACGCUGACGGAUAUGAUACACUAUGUCGGACAUAAAAUAGGCUGUCGAUUGCGAGCAAUCCACGUAGUGGGACUGGACAUCAAAGUGCAAUUAGGCAAUCGUAUGGUUUCGGAAGAUCACGUGUCUGCGAAAUGCGAACUGCACGGUAACAACGCUGACCAGUUCAGUGGAUUUGACCCGCUCAGCUAUCGCCUGGUUGAUUUCAUAGCAGCUUGUAGUGGUCUGCCGUGUGAUGCCAUGCAUCUGGUCAAAUGUACUUUCGACUGGGAUUAUUUUAAAGUCGAUGAGUGGAGGACGAUUCAGCUGUCGGUCGAUCUACGAAACGUGUGGGUAUCGUUGAGUGGUGAGGUGGGCAGUGCGAUGUGGGACGCACUGGAGAAAUGCGUGCCGAUGCCACGUAAGACGGAACUUGACGCGUUGUCGACGUGGUUGGCAUCCGUCAUUGCUGACGAAGGCAAGGACUUCGAGCGAGAAUUGUCAUGCAACGCCUUGUGUGCGACGCAGUCAAUCGACCCGCGCCCGCCCUCGCAUUACCGAGGCAAGGAGUGGUGUGUUGACGGUUUGAACGGUCUGCAGCUCGAGAAAUUGUCUCCGAUUGCGCUGGACUUCCUGGUCGACUUGAUGGAUUAUUUCGAUGAGCUGGAAGAUCACGAUACGGACAACUAUUGCGGAGGGGCGUACUAUCGUUCGGAUGAUGAGUUCGAAGACUAUUAAAUGCCACGGAGCGAGUGCUGGCGACACUUGUAGGAUUUUUUUUGGCUUUGUAAUUUUUUCUUUUGUCUUACAAAACAACAUAUUUCUCCGCUGUAUGGCGGUUGCCUUCAUGGACUUUUUAAAAGUCAUUUGAAUAGAUAGUUAUAAGCGCUAUUCUAGUACUUUCGCUUCUGUACACAUUCACUGUUACAUUUAAAGUCUGUUUGUUUUUGGAAUGUUCGAUAGUACAGAUAUAUGGCGCGACUGUUGUGUUUGUUUUUUGGAUGAGUAGCCUUAUUAUAGCUUUUUGUGUUUUCUGUUAUAAAUG